GCAGCAGUUCGGGGGAAACUGGGUUAGGUGUGGCAUCAAGCGUAAUUGACAAUAAUGUAAACGUGAAGGUUUUUUGAAGCUUUUUCAUGUUGAAACGGUUGAUGUAAAUGACGCAGAACAGUUACUGUCAGAUGACUGGUCGAUCGCAGCGUAACGAUCAGGCCGAUAUCGUACUCAAUCGAUCCAAUAAUCGGACCGAUGCCUCUCGACAAAAUCCACUGGGGUGUUUACUGAAAUCAUUCUAGAAUGACGGAUGCAGACAAAUGUUUUUGCGAACGCGGUUUGAUUUUCUAUUUGAGUUUUGUUUGUAAGAAUUUCAGUAUACCGAAUAUCUUAUUUUUGUAUGAUUCAAUUUAAGAAACAACAAUGAAAGUGACAAAGCACAAGAAAGCAAGAAAAUAUCUUAGCUUUUACAUAAAUAAUUUCGGCUUUCGAGAACCCCUACUGGUGUUGAUCGACGGAACGUUUUGCCAUGCAGCUUACAAGGCACGUAUCCAAAUUGAAGAUCAACUCAAAAAAUACUUUCUGUCGGAUUUGAAGCUGAUUGUCACUGCUUGCAUUAUCACGGAAACGGAAAACAUUGGGGGUCCACUAGUGGCCGUAUGUCAGUUACUAAAAAAGUAUCUCGUGCAUAAAUGCGGCCAUGAGAAACAACCAAUCUCCGGGUCGGCUUGCAUACGGGCGAUGACCAAAACAUGUAAAUAUAUAGUUGCUACACAGGACAGAGAUCUGCAGGAAUGGAUAUGUGCUCGGCCCGGUAUUCCAUUAUUUUAUCUGCAUAAUAGUUUGGUUCCUACAUUGGUACAGCCGUCUGAAGCAAGCGUUAGGGCGGCUGCCAGCAAAACCCAAGCCAAGGUCCAAGUUCGGGAGGUUGACGAGCAGAGGUUAGCUGUCUUGAAAAGGAAGCAAGGAAUUUCGGAUACCAGUGAGCAGCAUCCGAUGAAAAAAGUAAGAAAAAUCAAAAAUCCUAAUCCGUUAUCCUGUAAGAAAUCUAAGAAAAAGAAACCAACCGACAAACGAGAUCCAGUGCGGGACCAUGCAAUCGAGAAGCCGAAAAGGAGAAGAGUUAGGCUACCGAAACAUGUUAAGGAACAAUUGAAAAAUAACACCACAAUGUGUUAGUUAUUAAUUUUCAGCUAAUAAACAGAUUGUUAUGAUAAAAUGAAACUAUAA